AGCGGUAACCCUUACUGGAGUUUUACUCUUUUGAGUAACAUUUAGCCCUUUCACGGAAGGGUUUCUCAUUGUUCCAACCCUCCCGGGCCAGUUUUUUGUUCUUUGAGGUUAGUUCGCACCACAGAAGACCACGCGUCACAAUCUCCUUGCUCCGUCACUUUGGGGCUACUGAACUCUGUUUUCCUGCGAUAUUGUGGGAUCUGUAGUGCUACUGAAAAUGGCUGACAACAUUCGGGCAGGCUAGCUGGCAAGAAAAAAACUAAAACCCAUAGGGGCGAGUAUGCCAUUCUGGUGGGCAUCAACCCUAAAUUCGUGGCCCUUUUGCGAGUUUAGGGUUGAUGCCAUCCAGAAUGCCAUGCCAGGCCCAUAAGGGUUUUAUUGUUUCUGCCCUCUGCCCAAGAUGAAGGAGAUUGUUACACGUGGUUCGCUGUGGAGAGAACUAACCUCGAAGAAAAAAAAACUGUCCCUGGGGGGUUUGAUCGGCGAGAAACCCUUCCGUAAUAGGGGCUAAACGUGAUCCCAAAGAGUAAAACGCUAAUUUCAGCACAACUUCCUCGUCUAACAAAUCUAUCUCCGAAAUCCCGAGUGGCUCCCACCGCCGUGGCUCGCGCUCAUCGUCGUCUCUGGGCGCUUCGCCCACGCGCACAGCUCUUCAACGACCCACUCUUGCGCGCUUCAUUCAUCGUUGGACCAUCGGAGCCGCGUCAGCCGCUCCCCCCGUGCUCGCGCCUACGCUCGCUGCGGCUUCGCGUGUUCUGUCGUCGCGUUCUUGGUUCGCCACUUUCGGCGCAAACCGGGCCUGACAAUUCCUUAUCUCAUACCAAGACCCCUCAAAUGUAGUUGCUGGCUUAAAAACGUUCCGGUCUCGCCGUUUCAAGCGUUCUAUGCCUCUCAUGCCCACCCAUGGCCGAGCCCCGCCCGUCAACCCACCCGCCUGAGGCCGGUCUAUCAGCGGACCCGCCCAGCUCGCAGCUAGACCACUCCUCUCACCCGCACAAUGGCCGGCCAUCGCCUUCGAAAGAAGCACCACUUCCAAGCUUCACUGUCGUCAACGUGUUCCUAUAUGACAGUCGUGCCAGGCGCCGCCCCUCGUGCAGCGAGCUGCAGUGCAGCAAGGUGCAGGUGGUGCGGUGGAGGGGAGGGGAGGGGCGGAGGGGGUGGGAGGCGGAAGGGGAAGAGGGCGAGGGGGAAGGGACGGGUGAGGGAGGGGAUGGUGGGGAGGCAAGGGCGGAAAGGAGGGAGGGAAGGAGGCGCUCCAUAGGGAGUGCUGAGGCAGCAGUGCGCACAGGCACAGACACAGGCGUCAUGGAGGAGGAUGGGGGGUGUGAACGGCCAGCGGAUGUGGCGUUGGGAGUGGGUGUGGGGCUCGCAGGAGCCAUGGCUGCUCUUGGCUUGCCAACCCAAUUCACUGGAGGUGUCCGAAACGAGCAAGCAGCGCAAGAGAUGCCGCGUGGUGGGGCGCGUGGAGGGAGGAAGAAGAGGCGAGGGAGAGGGAAGGGACCUGCACAGGCCGCAACGGAGACGGCCGCAACGGAGACGGCUGCAGAAAGAGGGGUGGAGGCUGACGCAGAGGCAGCAACAGAAGGGGUUGCGGCAGAGGUAACUGCAGAGGGCGUUGUAGAGGUAGCAGCACUGGUUGCUGCUGAUGCAUCCCUAGGGACUGUGACAGGGAACGCAGCAGAGGGUGUAGCAGAGGCCACAAGGCAGACUGCUGAUGAUGCAGAUUUAGGGGCUGCUGCAGAGGGAGUAGCAGAGGGUGUUAUGGAGGCAGCAAGGCAGGCUGCUGCUGAUGCGGAAGCAGGGGCUCAGGCAGGAACAGUAGCCGAGGGUGCUGCUGCAGAGGCGGCAGCGGGGAUGAGCAGGGGGGGAGGGGGAAACGGUGGGGGAGGAGAUUUCAGUGCAACGGAAGAGGUGAGGGGUGAGAGACGGGUUGGUGAAAGAGGAGGCGAGGAGCUGCAGAGCAAACGUGGAACAGAAGAACGGGGAGCCGGGGAAACAGCUCUAGGGGUGGGCACUACAGCAACAGAAGCGUGUUCUGAGGCGCUUCAAAGCACAGGAGGGCACGGAGUAGUGGCAACAGGUGUGGCCGGGGCACAAUUGGCCAAUGCGGGAGAGCACAGUGCAGGAGAGCUGAGUGCAGGCGAAGCAGGAAACGGGUAUGAUGCCUCUUUUGUUGUAGCAGAGGAGGGCCCAUGGCAGGCGGUGUGGGACGCGCACUCCCACUGCGUCUACUUCUGCAAUGCAGCGGCUGCCAUCACCCAGUGGCACCCGCCCGAGCAGGGCCAGGGUCACGGGCUCGCGUGCUGGGUGGGAUGGGCGCCCGAACAGGCUGAAACUGGGGACGGUGUACUUCAUCAGGCUGUAGCUGAGGAAGCUGCAGCCGAUCAGGUACUAACGGCGCCGGUUGUAGCAGAGGCGGCUGAAGCGCAUGAGGCUGUAGCAGCUGGUUAUGGGAAGUACUGGCAGCAGCGGUACGGGCUGUUCUCACGGUUUGAUGAGGGCGUGCAGCUGGAUGCUGACGCGUGGCCCCUUGUCACCCCUGAGGCCAUCGCCGCCCACCACGCUGCCAUGUGCGCUGCUGCCACGUCAGCAUAUGGUGCAGGGGAUGGUGCUGCCACGUGUGCAGGAGUUGGUGCUGCCACGUCAGGGACUGGUGCAGAGGUCGUAGAGGGGAUGGGAGGGAGUGUGGCAGAGCUGGCAGACGAGCAGCAGCAGGAUGGUGGGAAGCACGAGGCCAAGGGGGAUGAUUAUGCUGAGGCUAAGGAGGAGGGUGAAGCGGCGGUGAGCAUCCAAGGAGGAGGCAGCGGACUGUUAAUAGGAGAGGAGAAGUAUUUGGGUGGAGCAGGUGCGGUGGUGGAUGCGUUUUGUGGGGUGGGUGGCAACACGAUUCACCUGGCCGAGCUUUGCCCCCACGUGUUGGCCGUAGACAUGAGCCUCCCUCGCCUAGCCAUGCUCCACCACAACCUCUCCCUCUACGGCCCCCAUCUGCCCCAUCGAGUGGACGCGCUUUGUGCCGACUUCCUCACCAUUGCACCGCGGCUUAAGGCUGAUGUGGUCUUCCUGUCUCCCCCAUGGGGUGGCCCGGAGUAUCUGGACCAAUCAGAGUACGACAUCUGGACCAUGCUGCAACCAGUCAGCGUUUCUGCCCUGCUGCAGCUGUCGCUGAGAAUCGCCCCUUCAGUGGCCAUCUACUUGCCUCGCAACACACCCAUUCGCCACCUGGAGCAACUCGCCCGCUCAACCACGCCUCCAUGCCCCUGCCUGGUUGAGAGGAAUUACUUGAAUGGCAAAUUUAAAGCCAUUACGGUUUACUUUGGUCCUGUUGCUCUGGUUCCUAGUUGUCACAAUUGCCAUGCUCCUAGUGGGGGGAUUUUAUGUUGAGUUUGUUUUGAAUCUUCACCUACAAUGUGUGGGGGGAUUUACGUGUGAAACAUAACUUAGUAUGUUCCUGUAGACUAUACAGGUUUGUGCCUUAGAGGGUACAACACACUAGCCUAUAUUUCCUUGUACCCUCCUAUUCUAGUCAUU